GCUAACAUGGCUACCGUUUCAUUUCGAUUGGAUCUCUUCAAUAUUAUUAUAAGAAUUUAAGACACUUAUCUUCAUCUUAAUGCCUGGUUUUCAAAGACUUUCGGUUACACUUUCGAUUCUGCACGUAAUAGUGCUGUGAUAAGUACUGAACACGAUGGCAGGAUGCUGUGGUUGUUGUGCAGCCUUAAAACCUCGUUACAAGAGAUUGGUUGACAACAUCUUUCCAGCAAACCCAGAGGAUGGACUGGUAAAGAACAAUAUGGCUCAGUUGACAUUCUAUGCCGUGUCAUCGCCUGACAAGCUGGACAAGAUUGGUCAAUACCUUGAACAGAGGCUGAAUAGAGAAGUGCACCGACAUCGCAUACCGUUUGUGUUUAUUGCCAUGGAUGCCCUGGACCAGCUGUUAAAGUCCUGCCACGCCCAGUCCCUCAACCUGUUUGUGGAGAGCUUCCUCAAGAUGGUGCAGAAGCUGUUGGAGUGUGAGGAGCCGGAGUUGCAGAUUCUGGCCACCAACUCUUUCGUGAAGUUUGCCAACAUUGAAGAAGACACUCCAUCAUACCACAGACGCUACGACUUUUUUGUAUCCAAGUUCAGCUCAAUGUGCCACAGCAGUAUUUCUGAGGAAGACAUGCAAAGAAGGAUCCGACAGGCGGGUCUGAGUGGACUGCAGGGUGUGGUGAGGAAGACAGUGUCGGAUGACUUGCAGGUCAACAUCUGGGAUCCUGUACACAUGGACAAGAUAGUACCUUCACUGCUGUACAACAUGGAGGAGAGAAGUGUGUUGAGCCAGGGUACAGACAGUCCCCGGGAUGAGGAGAGUCCCUCCUAUGCUGCGGAGACGGUGUUUCGGGACCUGGUGUGUCGGGCGUCCUUUGGCUACAUUGAGACGGUGCUCAGGCCAGUGUUAAUUCACUUUGACAAUCACAAGCUUUGGAGUCCCAAUGUGUUUGCCAUCAAGUGCUUCAAGAUCAUCAUGUACUCUGUGCAGGCUCAGUAUGGGUACCUAGUAAUCCAGAGUCUUUUAAAGCACCUGGACAAGCAUGUGAAGAGUGACCCCUCACGCGGAAAGUGGGCAUCAUUGGCCAUGCUGUUUGAGUCAGUUCUUAUUGCUGGAGGCUCUAUAGGUCCAUCAGUACUGGAGGUGUUCAACAACCUACUGCGACACCUUAGAAUUUCCGUUGACAACAAGAGCAAUGACCACACAAAACGUACAUCAGAGAAGAAGUUUGAAGAGGCCAUUAUCAAUACUAUAGGGGAGUUUGCUAACAACCUUCCAGACUAUCAGAAGAUUGAGAUAAUGAUGUUUGUCAUGGGCAAAUUCCCACAGUUCACAAAUGAAGAGGAUAUUGGAGGCUCCAUGGACACACAGCUUCAGAUCAACUUACUGAAGACACUGUUGAGGGUUGCCACCAAGUACAAGACAAUGAACAUGCAGAAUGCGUUCCCCCCCGAGUUUCUGCAUCCACUGCUACGGAUGUCCCUCCUGGAUGAUCCUGGGAUGAGGAUCAUCGUUCAGGAGAUCCUGCACACCAUGAUUGACAGGCACAAUAACUCAACCAAACUCAAGUCAGUUGUGAUGUCUAAAGACGUCAGUGACCUUGACCUGUCUGUGGAGAAGACCAGCAGACAAGACAUCAUGUUCAUGAAGAAGAGUGGGAUGCAGUUCUACUGGCACCUGCUGGAGAACAUGCAGAUGGAGAGCAACUGUGUGGACAACCUCGAGGCUCUCUACUGCACCAUGGCCCUCAUCUGCAUCGAAAUGGGAGGUGACGAGAUACUUGUGGAACUUUUCAGACUCGCCCUUGAUAUUCAGCAAAUGGCUGUAACAAACAUGGGCCUUCCACUGACACACAAAUGUGCAAUCCAUGGUCUGAUAGGAGCAUACCUGAACCUUGUCAGUCAGCUCACUGCCAUCCCCCAGCUGUGUCAGUACGUAGCUCAGGUGAUAGAUACACGCAGUAAGGAGGCCCCCCAUCUCCUGCCAAACUUCGCCUACAACCGGACAAAUCGACCACACAGCCUAGAUGAGCUUGAGAACUCCGAUCUCUACCCAGCAAGUGAAACAGUCAAAGACAGCUGGCUCUUCUCCCAGGCCCAGAUUGCAGAAGCCUUGAGUGGCAGUGGCCAUGACACUUCCAGACUCUCAACUCCGUUCACGCACAAACCUUUCGCUGCAGAGACUCCUGAUAUUGGGCGGAGUGUUAGUGACAUAGGGUCUAUCAACAUUGAGAUGGAGAGUGUCGAUGGUUCCCCUUCAAUGCUCAGGAGAAGGGUUGACGAGGAAAUAACCGUAGAAUCACUGAAGAAAAUGUUGGCUGAGGACAGCUGUGCCAACAAGGAGCAGGAGGACAAGAAGCGGAAGGAGAUCCUGGAGACCUUCCAGAAAGCUCCCUUCGAGGAGAUUGUAGCCAGGUCAGAAGCUAAGUCCAACCACUUCCACAACAAGCUGAGUGAGAUCCUGGACAUGGUGGAGGAGACUGUCCCGAACCCCACCAACGCUGCUGUCACUGAUGAUGAUGACAAGUCAGCAACAUCCGUGCCUGUGUUUGAGAUGCAGUUCCCAGAUCUCUUUGUAUACUAAAGCUGUGUUUUACCUUAUGGACAGUCAUUUAUGAUCUUAUUUAUCCGUUUUGAUUGCUACAUAUUUCUGACAGUUUUCACAUCAUGGAUGAAAUCAGAUCUGAUAAACAUGUAUCAUUCAAUCUGACUAGUGCUGAGAAAGGAAAAUCUAUCAGUAUGAAGACAGCAGAUUGGUGGAGAGAGACUCCAUCCUCUGCUGUUGGAAAUACUGACAACAUGAAACUUCUCCCUCCCCCUACUAUAAUCAGCGAUGAGAAUUUUCAGUAGAUUUGGCUACAGGAAGGGUCAUGUUUGUAAUACAAACCAUUCCAAAGUAUGCAUACAUCAUGAAGUCCACAAGAUCCUAGGCCAUGUUUUAGUGAGUAUUUAUAAUAUAUUUGAUAGCCAGUUUGUCGCUGUUCUGUCCAUUCAGAUUGUCAGAAAUAUGUAGCAUUUUUCACAAGAUGGUACACUCAUGUACAAAGCUUUCUAUGCCGUAUAUCUCUACUCAGUCCUGCAAGGUUGAACAGUCGGGCAGAUGCAAGGUCGACAUUUACAAACACUGACUCUUUGACUUCGUACAUUUACAAACAUGUGCACAUUGGACUUAAAUGUACUGCCAUUUGGUUGGGAUGAUUAUCAUGAGAAGAAAACUAUUUUGACCAUAGAGAAACCAAUGAACUGAAGGUAGUGAUGCAUUAUAAUCAAAUAAGGGUUGCAGUAUGUUUUGGUAAUCAAGCUUUUAAGGUGUGAUUGUACAUAACGGAUGCAAGAUGAUCACAUCAUUAUAUCUAUAGCUUUAAUUAUAGUGUUGGCAUUGUUUUAAUCUUUCUGUUCCAUUGGAUGCAGUGGGGAAGCUAAUGUUUCAUUACUAGCACCAAUAGCAACCAUGUCCACAUCCACAAGGCCAAAAUCAUUCAAGAGCCAUGCUAGAACAAUUUGUUUAGUGUACUAGAUUAACUAGAUUACUGUAGGAGAGGUUGAUUUAUUUGAGAACACCAUCUUGUAUCAAAGGCAGCAGUAGGAUGGAUGUGAAUACAUGUAGUGUUCUAGCAGUGCACAUGUCCGGUCAGCUCGCUGGUUACAUGUUAUAAAUUCAUAUGUACAUACUCCAUCACUUCAGUUGGGUCACUUAGAGACCAACGUCAUUCAUGAAAACCAUUGUAACAAGGGUGAUUCUUUGUUAAUCUCAGUAUAUGUAAAGUGCAUGUACGGUAGGAGUAUUGUUCAGUAAUUUGAUCCCCAGCAUUUGUUUUCAUUAUUGUGACUGAGAUCAUGAAGUUUCAGCAAUGAAUUCCCAUAUGUUUCUUUAUACACUAUAAUUUGGCAUGAUCUAAUUGUGUAAUCUCUGGAUAUUGAUGUUUGAUGAGGUAGUCUGUCAGUUUCACAUUAUAUUAUUACUGUUUAUAAGUUACCAUUGUAGCAUUGGUAGUAGAGCCAGUAAUAGUACUACAAGACAGGGUAAGGCAGACAGGACAAUGAUUAGAACACACAAUACUUAAACCACAUAAGUAUGUUAGAUUGAAGAGGGCUUGUUACUAGCACGCUGAGAUACCCAAUGAGAGACUGAGAGACCCAAUGAGAAUACAGCAGAGUAUGUGUUAUACAUCCAGUGAGAAUACAGCAGGGGAGGGGUCUGAUAGACCCAGUGGGAAUACAGGAGGGGAGGAGUCUGAUAGACCCAGUGGGAAUACAGGAGGGGAGGGGUCACAUACAUCCAGUGAGAAUACAGGAGGGGAGGGGUCACAUACAUCCAGUGGGAAUACAGGAGGGGAGGAGUCUGAUAGACCCAUUGGGAAUACAGGAGGGGAGGGGUCACAUACAUCCAGUGGGAAUACAGGAGGGGAGGGGUCACAUACAUCCAGUGAGAAUACAGGAGGGAAGGGGUCACAUACAUCCAGUGGGAAUACAGGAGGGGAGGAGUCUGAUAGACCCAGUGGGAAUACAGGAGGGGAGGGGUCACAUACAUCCAGUGACAAUACAGGAGGGGAGGGGUCACAUACAUCCAGUGAGAAUACAGGAGGGGAGGGGUCACAUACAUCCAGUGGGAAUACAGGAGGGGAGGAGUCCGAUACAUCAAGUAUGAAUACAGUGUUUGGAUACUUGUAGAAUACCUGUUUGCACUGUAUGUUUAUUUAUUUUUUUGUAUUAGGCACUGUUAAUUAAUGUAUUAUGAAUGUUUGUACUAUAAUCUGUAUCUUGUGUUUCUUUUUAUACAUAUUUUACAGCAAUUUGUGUAUGUAGUGUGCCUGUAGUGAGACAUUUUAAUAUGGAACCAACGUGUUUUGUCUGAAUCACAAUCAUGUCAUGACAAAAUUAAGGCAAUAUUUUUGUCAGUUAUGAAGUAAGUUAAUGAAUAAAUUACCAUUGCAACAAAUCAGUUUUUACAGAAACAAUAAAAGGUAAAUUAUUUUAACUAAAUAUAGUAGAAACAUUGACAUUUCAUGAAAACUGCUGUUGUUGAAUGUUAUAAAGUGGAUACCAUAAGGAGAUGUUAUAAACAUCUUGUAUACAUGACCUGCAUGUGGUUCAUAUAUUGUGUACAUAAUGUAACUAUCUGUAGAAAUGUGAUCUUAGCAGUGUUGUAUAUACAGAGGGGUGAAGGGUCUUGGGUGGUUUGGGCAAUAGGAUUUAAAUCUUUGGAUGUGAAAGUCCCAUAAUUUUUAACUAUGACAAAGACCCCUUGACUUUCAUCCUUAAUUUCAAACACUGCAAAGGAUGUAUGUAUAUUAGAUUACUAAAUAUCUGUGAUAAACAUUGGGUAUUUAUUUCAUGUAGACUCUCCUUAGCCACAAGUAGAGCUCUAUUUCUCUGUCUUUCCACAUGUGCAUGUGUGCUUGUAUAAACUGGUGUUCAGAUGAAACCGUGAAGUAAUACUCUGCUCCUUAACAUUACUCACAUUUCUGAUUCUGUUCAUGCAAAUUAAGAUGAUAUGAAUAUUCAUCAUGUUACAUCAUUAUGUUACUGCAAUUAAUGCAGUGUAUGAAAUAAGGCCCGUCCGACCGCCAAAGACGGUCUAGAUUGCUGACGGACGGUCUAAAUUUACAGCUAGCCUGCCUG